AUGGUCCUCCCUUUAUUGAAGCUUGGGACGCUAGCAUUGAAGACUCUGAGCAAACCCAUUGCUGCUAGGCUCAAGAAAGAAGCUGGGCUACACCCAAAAUUUCGCAAUCGCAUCAUCAGCAUAGCUCAGGCAAAUCACAGGAUGACAACAACAAUGCAACGACGCAUAUAUGGUCAUGCUACCGAUGUUGAAAUUCGACCUUUGAAUGAAGAGAAAGCUGUUCAGGCUGCUGUGGACCUGCUAGGGGAACUAUUCGUUUUCUCAGUUGGAGUAGGUGCUCUCAUCUUUGAGGUGCAAAGAAGUUCUAGGUCAGAAGCCAAAAAGGAGGAGCUUCGCAGGCAAGAAAUGGAGGGAAUGAGGCAACGGGAUGAAGAGUUGUUGAAAGAGGUGGAGCUUCUUAAGCAGAAACUUGAAGAACUUGAGCGGCUAGCCAGGGGGCGAGGACUCGCUGGUGUUUUUAAUUUUAGACAUGCAAAUACUGAAGACGGGAAGGUGACUGAAUCGAUGCAUCCGAAGGCUGCAUGA